AUGGGUAUCUGUGCUUCGUGCCUGGGUGGCAACCGCCACAAGUCCCCCGAGCCUGAGUCCUCGCGCUUGCUGGACGAAGACCCCUACCAGACCAACGAUGGCUACGGCUCGCUCACCCAUACCCAGACGCUCAACCAGCCGGAUCCGGAAUAUGUGAGGCGCGAACGGGAGGCCCUGGAGGCUAUCUGCCAGCGGACUUCGGAUUCUGUCAUUGAUAUCUGGUCCCUCCAACCCCAACCGCAUCUCCAACCCCAGGCCACUCUCCCUGGCCCUAUAUCCGGGCCGAACUCCCCUACCCCUUCUGGGGAGAACGCUGGCCUUACAGUGUCUAACAAAGACAACGGCUCGGUAAAUAGUCGUCCCACCUCUGGCAACACAGCCCCCAAGCACUGGGGUGAAGUGGUCGUCAACCCUAACAAGAAGCGCUCUCGCCCGGACCUGAGGGACGACGGACUCUCAAACCGCGAUGUCUUCGGUGUUCUGAAGGUCACUUGA